AUGGGAAGUAGUAAUUAUACUACUAACAGUACAUUUCAAAAGAACCUCAAUAUUCUUCUACCUUCUAUCUCAUCAGCCAACACUUCAAGAAAUGGAUACUAUAACGCCACGGUCGGGAGAAACCUGGACACAGUUUACGGUUCUUUACAGUGUAGAGGUGAUAUUGCAGCAUCACAAGAUUGUCAAAUUUGUGCUGAAACUGCAGCUAAAGAGAUCAUUACAGAAAAGAGAUGUCCCGAAUCUAAACGAGCAAUUAUUUGGUAUGAAGAAUGCAUGUUAAGGUAUUCAGAUGAAUAUUACUUCAAUUUAAUGCUGGAUAAUCCAAGAUUUUUGUCCUGGAAUGUUAACAACCUUACCGAUCCGGAUAAGUUUAAUCCAAUUUUAAGAGAUUUAAUGAAUGGUUUAGUAAGUAAAGCUAUUUCAAAUGGUUCUUCAAAUUUCCAGAAAGUAUAUGGGUUAGUACAAUGUACUGUUGAUAUAUCUUCAAGUAGUUGCAAUCGAUGUCUCGUUGCGGCUAUCUCUGAAUUACCCAAUUGCUGUGAUGGGAAACAAGGUGGAAGGGUUAUUAAACCUAGUGUUUGGAACAAUUGCCGAAUCAUGCCUGCACAACAAAUAAAUCAAACAGGAAACAAAUAA